CACUGACUGUACCUUAGGGUCCCUACAUUGCAUCCCAUAAUCUUUAGUGAUAACGCAUCUUGCCAAAUAUAUGAACAAUGAAAUAACCAAUUUGUCUCUCGAACCGGCUUGCAGAAAAUUUUGAACGUUCGUUCACGCACUACCGGUCCGUCAAGUGCAAGUUGCUCAUACUCUGAGAUGUCAAAUGUCAUAAUUAAUACAAAACAGGCAUAAUAAACGACGAUUGUUCGAACAGCUGUUCAACAAUUUUAGAUGCUGGUCAGUAAGUUAAUAUCGUACAAUGAGCAUGGUCACUAACGACAUACAAGGUUCCUUAAAAGAAGCUUUGUACGAGACUUUAACUGGAAUCUUAUCGCCACAUCGCGAAACUCGUCAAGCUGCUGAACAGAGAAUUCAAGCCUUAGAAGUCACAGAGGAGUAUGGAAUACACUUGACAGAAUUUGUUGUGGACCCUAAUGAACAUUUACCAAUCAGACAAUUGGCCUCUGUCUUACUAAAACAAUAUGUUGAGGCACACUGGUGUUCAUUGGCAGAAAAGUUCCGUCCACCAGAACUUAACCCUGACACUAAGCAAAAGAUCAAAGAGUUACUACCUUUAGGACUUCGAGAAUCUAUUAGUAAGGUACGCAAUACAGUGGCUUAUGCAAUAUCUGGUAUAGCACAUUGGGACUGGCCUGAGAAUUGGCCUUCCCUUUUUGAGAUUCUUGUCAGUUGUUUAAGGACAGAAAGUGAAUAUGCCGUUCAUGGAGCAAUGAGAGUUUUGAUAGAAUUUACACGGGAUCUCACAGAUGUUCAGUUACCCAAUGUGGGGCCUGUUAUUGUGCAGGAGAUGUACAGGAUAUUUCAAAGUGAAAAUUAUUCCAUCAGGACGCGUCGUCGUGCAGUUGAGAUUUUCGCGACUGUCACGACUCUGGCUGUUACGGGGAUUUACGAAAAGGGAUUUAUAGAACAGUAUCUACAGCCAGUCAUUCCUAUGUUCUGCGAGAAAUCAGUCGAGUGCCUCAGAGUGCCUAAUGGCCCAUCUAGUGACAUUGGAUUUAAAACGGAUAUUAUUAAAGCUAUAAGCGGUCUUGUUACGAAAUUGCCUAAGUAUGUGUCGGGCUUUUUACCUCAAAUGUUACCAUCUGUAUGGGAGACGUUGUCGCAAAGCGCAAAAACUUAUCAGGAAACGACGGUGAAUGGAGACGAAGACAUUAACGACAAGGAAGUCGAUUCCGACGGCGAAGUAAUCAACUUUAACAACCUAAUUAUCGCGAUAUUCGAGUUUGUUCAGUCCAUAACGAAUCGUAAGAAAUUUACGAAUUUGUUGGAUAAUCUAUUACCGGAACUCAUGUAUUAUUUGAUAAUAUUCAUGCAAAUUACGCCCGAUCAGAUUCAACUGUGGACGAAUAAUCCGAAUCGAUUCGUUGAGGAAGAUGAACAGUGCUUCAUUUACAACGUUAGAAUCUCAGCGCAGGAGCUUCUGACGACCCUCGUCAAUCACUUCGCGGAGGUGGGGAUUCAUGCGCUUUGCGACGUCGUGACGCGACAUAUUGAAACAACGAACGCCUUAAAAGCUAGCGGCGAUGGUGGUAACAGUAACGAGACUUGGUGGAAAAUACAGGAAGCCUCUAUCAUGACACUGAGCGUUUGCAAGGAUAUCAUUGUUGAGAAACAACAGGGUGGGACAUUGCAGUUCGAUUUUAUUCGAUUUCUCGAUACGGUUGUCUUGGGCAUGCUGAAUGAUUCAGGCUCGCCUCCGUUACUACUCGGUCGCUGCUUAUGUCUCGGUGGACGGUACGCCCAGAUAAUGCCGCCGGAAGUGAGCUCGCGAUUUGUCGAGGCGACGGUUAAUGGCUUACAGGAAAAUCAACCGUCUUGCAUUCGCAUUAGCGCCGUUAAGGCGAUCUAUUGGUUCUGCGAGACGCCGUCCGAGGAAUCGGUUCCCAACAUAAUACGCUGUCAUUUACCGAACAUUUUCCGCGGAUUGUUUAAUCUAGCUAGUCAGCCAUCCACAGACGUUCUGCUUCUGGUCAUGGAGACGUUUCACGUGUUAAUUGCGCUACAUAAAGAAUUUACAGCAUCAGUGGAAAACGAGAUUUGUCCUUUGACAAUUGCAGUGUUUCUAAAGUUUCAUAGCGAUCCGUUGAUGUUACAACUAUGCCACGACAUAUUCAAGGAAUUGACUCAGAAUCCGGGCUGCAUCGGGCCAUUGCAAACUCGUAUAAUACCGACUCUUACGAGUAUGAUGACGAUAACGUCAAUGGACAAAUCGAAAGAUGAGGGAUUUCGAACCGCGGCGUUGGACGUUCUGAUAGUCUUGGUGCAGUUUUCGCCGUCACCUCUGAGUAACGCAUUGCUUGAGACCGCAUUCCCGGCUGCUUGCCACUGCGUUCUCAACUCGGACGACCACAUGACGCUGCAGACUGGCGGUGAACUUAUACGUACGUACUUGGUUGUGUCGGCUCAGCAAGUGAUUACGCACCAAGACAGCGAAGGACGAACCGGAUUGCAGUAUAUACUGGAGAUCAUCGGUCAGCUACUGAAUCCGCAGAUGAGCGAAUUCACUGCCAGUUUUAUUGGGCGUUUGGUGACCACGUUGAUCAGACGCGUGGGUAACAACCUCGGCGAGAAUCUCGACGUACUGCUGAGAGCAGUGUUGAGCAAGAUGCAGACAGCUGAGACGCUAAUCGUCAUGCAGAGUUUGCUGAUGAUUUACGCACACCUCAUAAACACACACUUCGACGCUGUGCUGAAUUUUCUAUCGACUAUACCUGGACCCACGGGACAUAGCGCUCUCGCGUUCGUAUUGUCCGAAUGGGUGAGCAGGCAGCACCAAUUCGCCGGCAGAUAUGAUUGCAAAGUCGCGACGGUCGCGUUAUGCAAAAUCUUGGAGUACGGAGUCACUCAGGGAGACAGUAGAUUGAACGAGAUCACUGUCAAAGGAGAUCUCAUCAUCUCAGGGAUUGAAGAUGGCGUAAGAACUAGGAGCAAAACUGAGUCGCGGCCUUACGAAUGGACUACGGUGCCUGUACUUGUAAAGAUAUUUAAAGUAAUAAUCAACGAAUUUUCGGACGAAUUGGAGGCUGUUGGUGCCACUCCAGAUACGAAUGAAUCCGACGAGGAUGACGACGAUGACGAAGGCGAAGAAACAUGGAUAGAUCCUGGAACCGACAAUAUUUUACGACUAGAUGCUUUGAAUGCAGGCUACGGCGACGUCGACGAGGACCCGGAGUUAGUGCAUGACUCGAUUUACCACCUGAACAUGAGCCAGUAUUUGCGCGACUUCCUACUGAAUUUUUCCACUCAUCACUGCUUCCCAAUGUAUCUCCAACACCUGAAUGUGCCAGAGUUGAAAGUUCUAGAGAACAACAUAAAUAUCAACGCGCUCAUGUAAUAGGAUAAUUCACAUCGAUCAGAAUAAUUUUUGAAUUUCAUAAUAAACGAGCAGUCUUUUUUUCUA